CGUGUAUGUGGCUUUUUAAUGAACACGUGAGUACACGCCCUGUUUUGGGUGCAGGUUUUGUGCCUGCACUUCCUCCUGUGCCUGCGUUACAAGAGCUGAGCAUCCAAGCAGCUGGUUUGCUCCGGGCGCGGUUCUGCCAUGGCUCCUGCAGCGCUGCCCGGGCUCCUUCCCCUGUGUGUGUGUCUGCUGCUGACAUCCGGCCUGGCCGAGGCAGGCAAGCUGCUGGUGGUGCCCAUGGACGGCAGCCACUGGUUUACCAUGCGGUCCGUGGUGGAGAAACUCAUCCACAGAGGGCACGAGCUGGUCGUGGUCGUUCCAGACGUGAGUUGGCAACUGGGACAAUCACUGAAUUGUACAGUGAAGACUUAUAAAGCUUCUCACACCCUGGAGGAUCUGAACCGUGAGUUUGUGAGAUUUGCCGAUGCUCAAUGGAAAAAUCAGGGGCAAACUUUAUAUUCUGUUUUAAUGACUUCAGCCAGAGGUUUUUUUGAAACUAUUUUUUCACACUGUAGGAGUUUGUUUAAUGACAAAAAAUUAGUAGAAUACUUAAAAGAGAGUUCUUUUGAUGCUGUGUUUCUGGAUCCUUUUGAUAUGUGUGGCUUAAUCGUUGCCAAGUACUUUUCGCUCCCCUCUGUGAUCUUCACCAGGGGAAUAUUGUGCAGUUAUCUUGAGGAAGGUGCGCAGUGCCCGGCUCCUCUUUCUUAUGUUCCCAGAAUUCUCUUAGGGUUCUCGGAUGCCAUGACUUUCCAAGAGAAAGUGCGGAACCAUAUCUUCCACUUGGAGGAGCAUUUAGUUUGCCCCUAUUUUUUCAAAACUGUCGUAGAAAUUGCCUCUGAAAUUCUCCAGACACCUGUCACGGUGUAUGACUUGUACAGCCACACAUCAAUCUGGCUGUUGCGAACAGACUUUGUUUUGGACUCUCCCAGGCCGGUAAUGCCCAACAUGAUCUUCAUCGGUGGCAUCAACUGCAACCAGGGAAAGCCACUGCCCGAGGUGAGUUGUCUCUCCCUUAGCAAAAUUGGCAUAAUCUGGCUUUGGAUUUUCAAAAAAAUAUUCCUUACUGAACUAUGA